GGGAGGGAGAGAGAGAGUUGUGUGACAUCUCUUUGGUCAACAUUGCCAGAUUGGAGCUCAAUACAUUUGGAUGCAUCAUAUUAUUAAUAUUGAAAUAACUGAGGAUUGAGACAAAGAUAGAGCAAUGAUGCGAUUGCUCAACAUGGUGGGCGCGCGAGUCCGUAGGGCAGCGGAGGAGGAAAGCAGGGAGCCCCCACCUCCCCCGCCUCCCUCACAUCAUUCCAACCAUCAAUUUGAAAGCAUGAAGAACAAGUUCUUCAAUGAACUCACUCACUUGCCCAACCAUAAACUCAAUCUGCCUAUGUGGGCAGUGGGUGCCAUUGUGGUGGUUGUCCUGGCCCUCAUUGCAUGCAUGGGAUUUUGCAUCUAUAAAAAGUGCUUCAACAAAGGUAAGAAGCCCAAGAAGGUCAGAGAAAGGAAAGCUGGCCGAGGACGUAAGAAAAAGGAAACGGAAGGAGAGGAGGGUGAUGAAAAGAAGGAAGGAGAGGAAGGUAAAGAAGAGGAGGAAAAAGAAAAUUUUGGCAAACUGGAGUACACGUUGGACUACAAUUUCACUGAUAACCAGCUGAUAGUAGGCAUCCUGCAGGCUCAGGAUCUGGCAGCCAUGGACAUGGGCGGGACUUCGGACCCGUACGUUAAGGUAUACAUGCUGCCGGACAAGAAGAAAAAGUUUGAAACUAAAGUCCAGCGCAAGAACCUCUGUCCGGUUUUCAAUGAGACCUUCAUCUUCAAGAUACCCUACACAGAGUUGGGUGGUCAGACACUCGUGCUUCAAGUUUUUGACUUUGACCGCUUUGGCAAACAUGAUGUCAUUGGUGAGAUCAAAAUUCCCAUGAACACCGUGGAUCUCGGGCAGCCCAUACACGAAUGGAAGGAUUUGAUUGGAGGAGAAAAAGAAGAGCAAGAGAAACUAGGAGACAUCUGCAUUUCACUACGCUACGUUCCCACUGCUGGCAAGCUAACUGUAAACGUCAUGGAAGCAAAGAACUUGAAAAAGAUGGAUGUUGGCGGGUUGUCCGAUCCCUUUGUUAAAGUGGUCCUGCAGCACAACGGGAAACGCCUGAAGAAGAAGAAGACGUCAGUUAAACAAAACACACUAAAUCCGUACUUCAAUGAGAGCUUUAGUUUUGAGAUUCCCUUCUCUCAGAUUCAGAAAGUUCAGGUGAUUAUCACAGUGUACGACUACGACAAACUGGGAAGUAACGACCCCAUCGGCAAGUGCUGGAUCGGUUACGGCGCCUCAGGCGUCGGUCUGCGCCACUGGUCUGACAUGUUAGCCAAUCCGCGACGUCCGGUAGCUCAGUGGCACGUACUGCAACCGGAGGAGGAGGUCGAUGCUGCUCUCAAAGCUCCCAUUCGCUAAACUAACUACCAUAACUGAAAACUCUAAUUAUAAAGUAUGCAUUGCAAAUUGACACAGACUCAUUAAUGUGCAGUGGUGUGCAUACAGUAAGUAUUCAUUCCACUUGAACCUUUUUACUCUUAAAAGCACAUUUCAGUGUAUCGAAAAGGCUUUGCAAUGGCUGACAACUUUCAACAAUACUGAUAUUAUCUCAAGGAGUGCACAUCCAUUUUUUUGUAUUACAUCUUAACUGAUUGGCUCGUUGGGGAAUAUCCUACUGAGCGUCAGUUUCGUAUCGUGACGGAAAUUUAAUUAAUGUAGCCUGUUUUAAAGAAGUGCAUUAAUCCUUUUUAGGGCACCCAUUUAAAUAGUAUGAUUUUUAUUUUUAGAAAAUACAACUUUAGUGUUAUUUGGGUGCCAUAACCAGAGUUUAUUUCACAUGGAAAUGCCCCAAAAUCUGCAGGCAGUGACCAAAAAUGAGCAGAAGUGACCUGGGAAUGAAUUGAAAUCAACAGGAAAUUACCGGUACUAACAGGAUGUCCAUCAGGAGUGCUCCAAAAUCAACAAAAAGUGAGCUGGAAAUGUCUCAAAAUCAACAGGAAUUAACAAAAGAUAAACAGAAAAUCAACCAGGAAUGCAACACAAUCAUCAGAAAGUGACAUUGAAAUGUUUCAAAAUCAACAUAAAGUGACCAAAAUAAACAGGGAGGCGCCCAGAAAUGACCUAAAAACAACAGAGAGUGACCCAGAAAUCACCCCCAAAUCAACAGGAAAUGACUCCAGUCUGGGCUGAACCUAAAUCGACAGGCAGUGAUCCAAAAUGAACAAAAGCCACUUUCACAUACGCCUAAACACUGUUAAAAUCCCAGGAAUUAAAAGGGCAGCCCUUGCAUGUGAAAGCAAUUUCCCGGGUCGGUUGACACAGGGAUUACGCGGUCAUUUCACGAGUCAAUUCUUAGUAUAAUGUCCUGGACUUUCCCAGGACGAGGCGUUUGUGAAAGCAAGCGUUAAAUUCCCGGAUCAGAGGACGAUGGCUAAUGACGUAAAUAUCAUGGCGGGCCGAUCAUCACUUCCUCUUUCUUCGCACUAAGACGAAAAGCGGUAAACAAAAAUCGCAAUUAUCAACAUAGCAAGCUGGAAAUAGCUAAAUUAACUGAAAACAUAAUGAAAUUAAAUUGCUACUGGAUUGUAGAGCCGAGGAAGAGAGUCCAUCGUCCAUCUUUGAAAAUGUGUGGUUUAUUUUGUUGCCAAUGUUAGGGUCCGCAACUGCGGAAACAAGGUUGUACCUCAAAGCAAAAAACAACGGAGGGAAGCGUUCAAGGGUUCAUUAAUUUCUCAAUUUAGCAAUUUCUCCAGAAAUUACAUUUAAUUAAAAUGUAGUUGUACCAAAUUGUUUUUAUUAAUAAAAAAUAAUAUGAAAAAAUACAAUGAUAAUGAAAAAAAACAUUGUGUAAAACUAAUCACCAAAAUAGUCACUUGCCCUACAAUGGGUUAAUGAUAUCUUUGUGUUAUGUCUUUCCUAAUGUUUACCCAGCAUGUAAAAAUGUUUAGUUAUAUAUUUUGAUAAUUCCUCUUUCUUUGAACAAGAUAAUGUGUGACUGUCUGUGCAUGUGCAAUAUGAUAUAAAUGUAAAUAAAACAUAAUUAAGGAAUUUAAUAUUUCAAACAAAUUCAGUGACAGGUGGCUCUGUGGAUUUUCUAUCUUUCUCGCACACACAUCCCCACAACAAAUGUGUACACUUCUAACUCUUUCAGUGUCAUUGACGAUGAUAAACAUCGAAUCAUGUGUCUUUUUACAUUCUUUUCCUGUGUGAAUUUGAAGGACUUUGUCGCUAGUUGAGUUGUCUAGCAGCUAGUAGCAGUUUAUCGUUGUCAAUGGCAGCUAAUGAGUUAAGAUAAAUAAUGACACUUUCCAAAGGUUUUAUUUUGUGUUUGUGUGUGUGUGGUAUGCCGCAACGAGUUAAAGACUGGAUUAACUGAGUGCCAUCUCUAGUCCUUGUCUCACGCAGUCGACCAAACGUGAGGUGGGAAUUACAGAGGAUGCCGGCAUGUUAAGGCUAGGUAGGAUAAUGACAAGCCUGUUUAAUUCAUUGGCUGCCAUUGCUGGAGAUAAACAGCAAAUUCGCUGCCAAUCCUCCAUUUUCAAAUAGCUUGAAAUUCUACUAGUGAUAAAUGAAUUUAAAUUCACAUCAGACAUGAUCUAUUGACAAAAUAUACACGAUUUAGUGGGACAAAUUUUCCAUGUAAUAUUUUUGGUGUCCAAAGUAGUGGCGAAACAAUAGAAAUAGGCAGUCAGUGGUGCGAGAAGUAGGGUGCUGAGGGUGGUGCAGCAAGGAAAAGUGUUUUGGUAGAUUUUUUUUUUUUUGGUUUUUAAAAAUAAAUUAAUAAAUACAACAUUGAAACAAUAUAGUACAGUCGUACCUCGACAUACGAUCGCUUCGACACACGAUCUUUUCGACAUCCGACGUAAUUAUUAUUAUUAUUUUUUUAAAACAUGUCCUGUUCAGCUGUUUGACAUGGAGAGUGGUCUAAACAGUUUUAAUGUUUCACAUUGACAGUCUGACAUACUCCCAUUGUGAUCAUUCAACAUACCUUGUUUAUUAUGACAAAGCAGCGAACAGGAAGGGGUUAUGGGGGAACAGAAGAAAAGAAACACGAGAAGAAAGAUAAGAAAC